CCACUUUCAACAAUCAAAUGUUUGCUAUUUACAGCAUAAAACAAUUCCUCAACUUCAAGAACCCCUUUUGGUACUCUUUCCUUAUCACCUGACUUUGAUCACUAUGGAUAAGUUGAGGCAAAAGCUUCCCAAGAUUCAAGAUUGUUGCUUGUCUGAAGAGGUGAGCAGUAUUGAAUGGGAAUUCAUAGACAUGACUGAGCAAGAAGAAGACAUCAUUAACAGAAUGCACAAACUUGUCGGAGACAAGUGGGCACUGAUAGCUGGGAGAGUUCCGGGCAGAAAAGCGGAGGAGAUUGAGAGAUUCUGGUUGAUGAAAAAUAGCAACGAUUUUAAGAACAAAAGAGAGAAGAAAAGGAGACAGAAUUGUUGAGCUUAUGAUCACUUUGUAUGUUUUGGGUUGUUUUAUCCAUUGUUAGAUUAGUGAUGGUGGCUACAUCUUCUAAGUUUAUUCCUUUUUUGUUUUUUCCAUGGGUUGUAAUGAUUCUUGAUGUUCAAUCCAAGAAUCUUAUUUUAGUUGCUGAUUGUCCCCAUGCCUAUGUUGUUUGGAUUUUGUGAAGUUUCAUAGGUGGAGGUAAUGAAGUUGGAGGAUAAGAAGAA